CUGAAACUCAGUUUGAGACAACACCUUUACACGAUACCCUGACUGUAGGUGGAACGUGGGCGACAAGAUUUAUAAAAGUCGGACAUGAACUGCAAAAUCCAUUGAGUAGUACUCCCUCCAUGCUGAUCAUGACAGCCGCUGGCAAUGAAGAGGUUCGCUGUGAGAUCCCGUGUCAUCAUGCGACGAGUGACAUGAUCCUUUAUUCCCGGGUGAGCGGCAGCGAUAAAGGGCGCUCAGUGUGCCUCACUCGGUUCGCUGCGUUUGCCUCUAUACUUCUGUCGUGUGUGGCACUCCUGCUAAACGCAUAUCAACAUAAAGCAGCAGCAGCAGCAGACUACCAGCUCACUUCAGCGGGAAGCGAUUCUAUAGGCAGUGUUCAGCAGCAGCAAGUUGGAACCAAUCCAAGUGCCCAUCUGACAGCUCCAGCCUCAUUUAGUAAUUCAAAAAGGGAAUACCUUGAAUGGGAGGACAAACUUGGACUUGCUCACCUCAGCGGCUUUGAGUAUGAUGACGGCAACCUCAUCGUGCUCAAAGAUGGCAUGUACGAGGUUUACCUGCAGAUCACCUUCCGAAGGCCUAGUCACUUUGUGUGUAGCAAAGAGGACCCUGUGUUCAUCCUCUCCCAGAAGGUGAUCCUGUUUGCAAUUAACUACCAGAAGAACAGAGAACUCCUAACAGCAUCUGACACAGUGGAAUGCAUGCCCAAAUCAAAUUGCUGUCAGCCCCCUGACUCAGUGACUCCAUACUGGGAAAAAUCUACCCGCACAUCCGGGGUGUUUAAACUAAAAGCUGGGGACAGGCUUAGAGUGAGUAACGAGGACAGGUACCAUGAGUUGAUGCUCCUUCGAGAAGACUAUACAUUUUUUGGGGCACAUCUCAUUUGAGGUGCAGGGAUAAUAAUGGACUUUAGAGCUGUAUAUAUGUUUGCUUUAUGUUUGUGUUUUCUAUUGAAUAUGUCAACUGCUACAUAAUGAGAGCAUAACUUUGUUGAAAUGAUUGUAACCACUAUCACUUAUUAAACAAAUUAAUGUCUGUUCACUA